CCAUCUUCCCAGUCUUGAGAAUCUUCUUCUUCCUCUCCGAUAUCAAGACUGAAUCCCCAAUCCCUCUUCCGGCGAUGGAUCCACGGAGUCCUACAAUCGCUGCUCUGUUAUUUUCAUUAAUUCUCGCUUUAUUCUCUCUGCAAUCUCUGAUCACUACUGAAGCCGCAUCAGUUGUCUUCUUGGAUAGUCCUGUUCAUCAAUAUCUUCGUUCACCUUCCGACCCGAACGCUUUAACUGAGACUGAUUCAAUUUCGCUGGCAGAAGUCAGUGCUUCAGUAUCAGUGUUGCUUGGCUAUGCUCCUCCUUCCACAAUUUCAGCAGCUAGUUCUUCUAAGCUCAAUAAGGUGCUUGCUCCUAAUCCAUUUGAUAGGCCUCGUGCUGUCUUUGCUCUAGAAGUUACAGGAAUAAAAGAUUCACAGCUUGUAGGUACAGGAAAAUUUGGUGGUGCUCUCAAGAGCAAGGUUUUGGUUGGAGAAAGUGACGGUCAUAUCCAACUUCCUGGUGAGGAUGAAGUAUCGGUCAUCUCUUUGAAUGAUCUCCCUGGUUUUGAUUCUGAUGCUCUGUCCUCAGAUAACGAACUACUUGAAUUUGCAACCUUCUUGGGUGGUUCAUAUGCUUCCAAUGACUUGCCACUCACUGGAGAGUUGACAGUCCCGUCAGCUGGUGAUGCCAAUGUCAAACUUGAUUUGUCAAAGAAAGCAGAAAUGGAAUUUAUAAACAGUCUUGUAGCUCUCCUCCGCAAAGUUGAAAGGGCAUUGGUGAUUCUUGAAGAUUUGUCUGGAAGUAAACAGAAGCAUGCUGAGUUAAUUACUGGAUCAUUUGAUGGUAUUAAGGUUUUGCAAGAGCACUAUGGAACUGAUAGUGUUGUGCAGCAAGGAGUGGAAUUAUUUGCUCUUUCCAUUCCAAAGAUCUUUGAUUACUUAGAAGCGAGAUAUAAAGGUCAAAUUGUUGGAGUGAUCAUCCAUGGUGAAGCACCUGCUUCAGAGUCAAAGAAACUACUGAAUGUUGAGAUUGCUUCUCGGGCAUCUCCACGUUGGCUGGAGGAAACAAAAACUCCAACUAAUUCAACUCUGGUUUCCGAAAUAGUGCUGGUUAGGAGGACCAUUGCAUGGGUAACAGGAAUCUUGCUGUUAAUUGCAACUCUCUUAGGAGUUUAUUUUCUUCUCUACAUGCCACUCACCAGGGACACCCUAUUGUAUUCUAAUGUCAAGCUUGACUAAGAUUAUAAAGCUGCUGUUUAUAGUGUCAUUGAACUGCAAGGCAAUCCAGGUUGCAACUGAACUUUGUGCUGAAGAGAUGAAAUCAUGUGAUGUAAAUGAUCUGUCCUCUGUCACUCUGCACUUGCAAUAUUUACACAGAAGUUGGUAGUUGCUUCAUGUUCCGAGGAGUUUCUUGCCUAUUGAUUUUUGUGGCAUUAUUUGGUGGAUGAGUGGACGUUCAAAUAUAUACCAAUGCCUCAUGGCUUGUAAUGUAGAGAUGCUGGCUGUAGGAUUUGGUGAAGCAAAAAAUUGGAGAUGAUACUGUUGUUUGUAUUUUGUAGUCUAUCAGUAUUUUGGUAUAUGUCCUAAAUGAUCUCGAGUCUUAAUAAUGAGAAGAAAGAGAAAUUUAAAUUA